ACACUGAAAAAAUACUUUGGUCAUAUCAACCAGAAGUGGUUGUAAAUGCCAUUUUGCCGAUGGGUUAAAAGUACCCAACAGGAGUUACAACUACCAAGAAGGUUGAUACUACCCAGUUUAGUUAAAACUACUAUGUUUGUAAUAACUACCCAGUACAGUAAUGGGUAAAAUUACCAUGUUUGGGUUAGAGUAACAUUUCUUGGAUGAUGUACAUGAACGAAUGUUUUAAAGUGAUAUAACUCAAACCAUUGGACAUGACAUGGGCAUGAUACACAUUCCUAUCUAGUAACUCAACUAUAAGUGACUUCUGAGAGGUAAGAUCCACAACAUAUGCAUGAUAAUGAUCAUCAAAAUAACGUACGUUACAGUUCCGAACACAGAACAGAACCAUAUCACCACCAAUUACAAUAAGUUCUUCAAUAAUAGCAAACAGUGAGCUGCCAUAGCUUCGUUGGCGGUGGUGCGCACUAAUAGUAGUAUAGCUAGCUGACCUUUAAACCUGUCAAAGCGCACGUGACUUACACGUGCAAGUCAUAUUCAAAAACGCGGGAAAGCUUGCAGCUAGGUGGCGGACGAUGGAUUUGGACAGCUGCCGUAGUCCUUCGCCGCCUGCUGCUGCAAUGGCUACUUCUUUGAGUUCUAUGUCGGUGGAUGAACUUUCUAACUGGCUAAAAACGGAUGGUGGAAUACCAGACAAGUUCUGUGAAUCUUUCACAGAAAACUAUAUUGAUGGUGAAGCCUUCGUUAGUCUCACUGAACAGGACAUCAAGGAAAUGGUUCCCCCUAUAGGACUAGUAAAGAAGAUACUCAAGCUUCGUCAGAGUUACUUUCCAUCAGCGUCUCCAUUGCCAUCUAGACGUACUGGAGAGUUAGACUGCUCUUCCUCGGCCUCACCUUCUCAGACGUCUAACCCGUCGACCCCUGGGUCUUCUGUAUCGAAGUCAAACCGAUCCCGUUUAUUCGCAAUACCCGAGCACUGGCGCCCCGAGGUUGAAGAGUGUAUCCGUAAUGAAUCGCUUGAAGAAUCUGCUCGGUGUGAGAUUGUCCGCACACUUGUCAGUCUGCUCUUUAGUCGCUUUGCUAAACCAACCCGAGAGCAAUGUGGAUCCCUCGCACGGCAGCUAAUCCUCAAACACGCAUUCAUGAAAGAUGACAUGGGAAAUGGAUAUCAAUCUUGGGAAGACAAAAUGGUGGAAAGGGUACGGAAUGUAAUAAAACGUGAUCGUAAACGGAUGCCUAGCAGUGCUGGUUCUCUCUCUGAGAGCACAAAAAGGAGCAAGCUUUCUCCUGAAGCCAGGAAAAAAGAUUCAUUGUUACGAAGGUAUCCCGCUGGUGCCCAGUUCACUGAAGAUUCUGCCAGCACUGAGUCGCAUUUAUCUGCUAUAAGCAUCGAGCUAGCGAAAGCAAAGCCACGGGAUUCCGUUCUUCUCCCUCUGAUGAAGUCUACAUACCCCAGCCGUCGACUAUUCGUUCUCAAUGAUGCCACCAGUGCCAAACAUAUCCUUGAUGAAUAUUCAGCUCUUCAACGUCAGGCAGUGAUUGAACAAGAAGUUGGUUUAAUCACUGGCAAUGAAGACAGUAGAGGGACAUUCUUGUCCCAAUGGAAGAAGUUCUAUUGUGCAACUCUCCUCUAUGGGCAAAACAGUGGAAGAAAAGGGAUUUCUUCUGUGAUAAAGGAAGUGGAUGAGGAUGAUGAGGUUUCACAGCAAGUAUGUGCUCUCAAAGUGUUGGCAAUUUCCGUGGGAAAGGGGCUUGACAGCCUCAUUUACAUAUAUGAGGAGUACAACUCUGAUGUAGUGUCUGUUGAGGAUGCCAUAACAAGUGUGCCAAUACGGAAUGCUCCUCGGGUGGCAGCUAUGGUCGGCGAAAGGAACAGACAAUACUUCGUACUGAUGGAGCAGAGUGUGCUCUGUCAAGUUAGCUCUCUCUCUCAAGCACUAUUUGUGGCCUUCGGCUGUUACUAUGUAUACAAUUUGGAAUACACUACCAAAGCCUCCAACAUCUUUUUCUUUUUUCAAGACUACCUUCUUGGGUACCCCGAUUCAGCUAAGAGACCAAGCUCGUACAUUGCUGUACUUUCUGACAUUAAGAAACAUUUGUGUUAGUGUAAUACACUUUCUGGAACCCCCAAAAUACUCAAUUCUCACUUAUUUCAUCAUUUAUUCAUCACUUCUCACCACAUUCAUCCGAUUCAUGCAUACCUCAUUCUACAUUGUUUUGAGAAUCAACUGGCUAUUGUAUAUAGCAUCAAAAUAUGGUUAACACACCUUCAUGAAGGGUUGCUUUUACUGUUACAUACUGUUAUAAUUACUCUUACAAUGUUAUAUCAACCCAUACCAAGUGGUCUCUGCAUUCUAUUACCAACCUUUAUAUAUGGUUAGUUUACCUGUGUAGUUAGGUCACUUUGCCUCUAAUGUAAGGUUGUAUUAACCAUCACUAUAGUUGUCUUUACUACGAUAAUGUUAAAACUACCUAUUCGGUAACUGGAUUAUAACAACUUUAUUGUGGUUGUUUUACUUCUGCUUUGGGUUGUAUAAACUCUUGACUCAAGGGUUAUUGCAACUACAGUGCAUGUCUAUUUUAACCAUUAGUUUUUAUGGUUACUUCAACUCUUCCCAUGAGCAAGUGAUAAUGACCCAUCUGUUGGGUUGUCUGAGUUGCAGUAAUU